AUGCGUUUCUCCCAAUUCUUCCUCCCCCUCGCUAUCGCCCCUCUGGCACUGGCUGCCCCCGAACCCGCUCCAGUUCCCAACCCCGUUGCUGCACCCGCACCCGACAGCACCGGCCUACUAUCAGAGCUCCCAACCAUUCUGAGCGCUGUCGAGGAGCUCCUCAGUCAGGAUACUCUCACCAAGCUGGGGACUAUCAUUGACGGAGCGGCCAAGUUGCUGUCCUCGGAUAAUAUCGACGUGUUGCAGGAUAUUCUGGGCAAUGCACACACCUUGUUGACGAAGGAGUUUGUGGAUAAUACGACUACUCUUAUUGGGGAUGCUACGCCGCUUGUGGAGGAUGUUUCUAAACUUCUGGGUGGUGUGCUGGGCUCACUAUAA